UUUUGUGUACUAAGUUUUUUGAGAUUAUUUACAAAGGAAAAUGGGACCUUUUGUCACUCUUUCUGUUUUGGUUUGCCAAUUUCUUUUCUUUGUUUGCUUGCUUAGUUUGAAGGGGAUUAAUGGUGGUUGGCUCAAUGCUCAUGCAACCUUCUAUGGCGCCAAUCAGAGCCCCGCCACUCUUGGAGGAGCUUGUGGAUAUGACAACACCUUCCAUGCCGGAUUUGGAGUGAACACGGCGGCCGUGAGUGGUGCACUGUUUAGAGGUGGAGAGGCAUGUGGUGCUUGCUACCAAUUAAUGUGCAACUAUAGGGCAGAUCCCAAGUGGUGCCUCCGACGUGCAGUUAUUACGGUAACUGCCACCAAUUUCUGCCCUCCAAAUAAUAAUGGAGGGUGGUGCGAUCCUCCUCGCCAGCAUUUUGACAUGUCCAUGCCUGCUUUCUUUCGCAUUGCACGACAAGGCAAUGAAGGCAUAGUUCCUGUGCUCUAUAGGAGGGUAUCGUGCACAAGAAGAGGAGGAGUUCGUUUCACUCUGAGGGGACAAUCAAACUUCAACCUGGUCAUGAUCUCUAACGUUGGUGGUAGUGGUGAUAUCAAGGCUGCAUGGGUUAGAGGCUCAAGGGCAAGAUCAUGGGUGCCAUUGCACAGGAAUUGGGGUGCAAAUUGGCAAAGCAGUUUCGAUCUUCGAAACCAAAAACUGUCUUUUAAGCUCACUUUAGUUGAUGGAAAAACACUGGAAUUUUUUAAUGUUGUUCCUUCAACUUGGAUGUUUGGACAGACAUUUUCUUCUCGAAGUCAGUUCUCUUAAAACUAAGGAGAUUUUUUCCUCUUUUUACAUGUCUUGAACUGGCAUUUUUCGAUGGUUCAAGAACAUGAAGAUGCAUUUUUUUCUUUUUUAAGUAAAACAUCUUUAAUUUGGAGGAACGACAUAUUAUAUAUAUUUCGUGGAUUAAGAUAUAUGUUUAACAAGUUUUUGUUACAUGGUGAUUUACUUUUGCAAAGCUCAAUAAUCAAGAGCAAUGCUAUUUUGUAACCUGGAUUGAAGAUAUAUUAUUGAUAUAGCAAUAAAAGGAAAAUUACAAUAAA